AUGGUGCAGUGCCACCGUUACUCCACAGGAUCUUCUGGAAACAGCUCCUCAAAAUCCGAUCUCAACAAAUACAGUGCCACGAUCACACAGCCAAAGUCGCAGGGUGCAUCCCAAGCCAUGUUGUACGCCACGGGAUUGAAGGAUAGCGACAUGAGCAAGGCCCAAGUCGGUAUCUCGAGCGUUUGGUAUGAGGGCAACCCAUGCAAUAUGCACCUGAACGACCUCGCGGCCAAGGUCAAGGAGGGCGUCCAGAAGGCUGGCCUCGUUGGCUAUCGCUUCAACACCAUCGGUGUUAGUGACGGCAUCUCCAUGGGCACUUCAGGCAUGAGCUUCUCGCUCCAGAGCAGAGAUAUCAUCGCAGAUUCUAUCGAAACGGUCAUGAGCGGACAGUGGUACGACGCCAACAUCUCGCUGCCUGGGUGCGACAAGAACAUGCCCGGUUGCUUGAUGGCCAUGGGCCGCAUCAACCGUCCUUCCUUGAUGGUCUAUGGAGGCACCAUUAAGCCCGGUUCGUCCUCUUGCGGCCAAGGCACCCUGGACAUUGUCUCUGCCUUCCAGUCCUAUGGCUCCUACCUCGCCGGAAAGAUUGACGAGACCCAGCGCCAGGACAUUGUCCAUAACGCCUGCCCCGGUGCAGGUGCCUGCGGCGGGAUGUACACCGCCAAUACCAUGGCAUCUGCGAUCGAAGCCAUGGGUAUGAGUCUGCCGUACAGUUCGUCAACGCCCGCCGAGUAUCCCGAAAAGCUGCAGGAGUGUUUGGAUGCCGGAAAGGCCAUCCGCAAUCUGCUCGAGCUCGACAUCAAGCCCCGCGACAUCAUGACCCGCAAGGCCUUUGAGAACGCCAUGGUCUUGACCAUGAUUCUCGGAGGCUCUACCAACGCCGUCCUCCAUUUGAUCGCCAUUGCCCGAUCCGUCAAUGUCAACCUGACCAUUGAUGACUUCCAGGAAGUCAGCUCGCGUAUCCCUCUCUUGGCCGAUCUGAAGCCCUCUGGCAAGUACGUCAUGGAAGACGUUCACCUCAUUGGAGGCACCCCCGCGAUCUUGAAAUACCUCCACGAAAAUGGAUUGAUCCAUGGAGACUGCUUGACGGUUACUGGAAAGACCCUUGCUGAGAACUUGAAGAACGUCCCUGACUUGAAGGAUGGUCAGGAUGUCAUCCAUCCUUUGGAGAAGCCCAUCAAGGCCACUGGACACCUGUGCAUCCUCAAGGGUAACCUUGCUCCUCUCGGCUCUGUCGCCAAAAUCACUGGAAAGGAGGGAUUGUUUUUCGAGGGUCCUGCCAACGUUUACGAUCAUGAGACCGACAUGUUGCACGGCUUGGAGAAGGGCGAGAUCAAGAAGGGUCAGGUCAUUAUCAUCCGUUACUCUGGACCCAAGGGUGGCCCAGGUAUGCCCGAGAUGUUGACGCCCACCUCUGCCAUCAUGGGAGCCGGUCUCGGAAACGAUGUUGCACUGUUGACGGAUGGUCGCUUCUCCGGAGGCAGCCACGGGUUCAUUAUCGGGCAUAUCACUCCUGAGGCUCAGGAGGGUGGACCCAUUGGUUUGAUCAAGAACGGAGAUAUUGUCAGCAUUGAUGCCGACAAGAAGACCAUCGAUAUCAAGGUCUCUGACGAGGAGUUGAAGGCCCGCCGUGCCAGCUGGGUUGCUCCUCCUUUCAAAGCUACUCGCGGUACUCUUUACAAGUACAUCAAGAAUGUCAAGAAUGCUAGUGAAGGAUGCGUCACCGACGAGUAA